CGCCAACCGAUUCUCCGAUACUCCGUCAGAGUCAGAGAGGCUCAGAGCUACUCGUUUAUGAACCAUGUCUCGGUCAUCUGCUUCUCUGUCUCUCGCAGGCCACCUAUCUGUAUACCCAGCAACACUUCGUCGGAUACCGGCGCGUAUUCGACGGAUAACGGUCACUGCUAUUGCUUCUGCUGGAAAUGGAACUCAGACAGUAACUUCUAAAUUGCAGAAAUCGAAUUCGAUCCUUUUUAAGCAUUCAUCGGUGUCUUCUCCAACCACACAUUUAGCAAGAAGUCUAGGGUUUCGUCCAAGUCCAGAAUUGGGGCUUAUUUCCCUUCUUUUUGUUCUCUCUGCGGCUUUUGGAUCAAUUUUCUCAUUGGGUAUAAUUUCAAUUCCUACAAUGGAUGCCUUUAGAAGAUUAGCAGCUUCAAUGGAUAAACUGUCCAAAGUAAUAUCAGAAGAGGUACCUGGAACCUUGUCUUCACUAAAACUUUCUGGCCUUGAGAUCAAUGAUUUGACUCAGCAACUGAGCAACCUCAGGCAAAAGAUAUCUGGAAACCCAUAUGGAAAGAAAUAGGGAAGCAAUAAGCCAAGCUCGGAAACAACCUUAUUGGAAAUUGAUUUGACCAGAAAAAACUUGGCAGUCAGGUAAACUUGCACAGUUAGUGGUUAAUAAGCAGUGAUGGCCUGAUGGGGAAUAUUUACACUUCUUGAAGGAUGUUCUUUAAGGCAAUGGUGAAACGGUACUAUUAUUUUUUAGGUAUUUAAUGAAAUAUUUUACGUUAACCUAUGGUUAUUUUUAGUCCAAUACCACAUUUCAUGAACUGAUUCUAUGACAAACUUGCUUUUGGCCA